AUGCUCCUGCGUACGUGCAAAAACAUAGCAUCAAUCAGCUCCGGAUUGACCUCUUUUACUCUUAAUCUACUCCCUCCUCUGCAGUAUCAUACCAUCAGCGUAUGCGCAGAGGGAAAGAGGAACAAGAGAGAGAAAGACAAAGUCCUCCAUCUUACUUUUUUUUCUUUUAUGAAAGGCAUCAUACCAAUUACGUUCAAUGUUGUCAUCUCUAGUGCGCCCUCAAGGGAAAAGAAUGCUCCUAUCUGCCGAGCAAGCGAGGAGGCCCUCGGAAGAAGAGGGCUGAUCCUCCUUCGUCCCUGGGCGAUACGAUGCAAAGCAGAGUCUGAUAUAUUCACCCAGGUAGACGACCUCGCCGUCCCGGGUGCCGGGUUAAGGCAUCUCGAUUUCCCCGUCGAUGUUCAAUCGAUGUUUGAAGGCCUCUUUGUGCCUCCAAAUGCUCAGCAGCAAGUUCCGGUUCAUUCGACGCCCGCUCACCCACCAGCUGUGCCUCCCGCUGAGCCGCCAAGGGUAAGGCUAUAUGGGAAUGAACAAGACAUACUAAAUGCUUACUAUAUUUAUAUCCACUACUACUUUCCCAUCUUCCCCCCACCACACGCACCAAUAGCUGUUGACCGGCCAUUGAACACACCAGUCAAAGCUCCAGCUACCCCUACCUCAGACCCUGUCCUUCCAUACAAGCCCAAAUCUCCUGUCACUCUGGCUAUCUCGGCCAUACUAGCGUUGAUCCCUCACCCCCGGGAUCCGAACUCAUUUGCACCCGAAUCAGUACUCCUUCGAAGAGCCUAUGCUCAUGCUUUUGCCCGAGAAGCUGUUACAAGUAUCGAAGCAGAAUCAGACCUUCAAGAAUCUGUCACCAGUCCAUCCGAUGCUCUGACCCAUAAUUCAACCGUACCUACCAGGCUGAUGGUCCACCCACUCACCCCAACCGACCUCGAAGGCAUCCUUGCCCUUUUGAUUUUAAGUAUAUACGAAUAUACUCAAAGGGGGAACCUGAUCAAAAUGCGGCAUAGAGCGGGCCAGGCGUACAUCAUGGCAAUGAACCUUUCGUUACAUGCCAUCACGCACGACGACAGCCCAUUCGCCGAAGCCAGAAGAAGAGCAUGGUGGAUGACUGUACGAGAAGAUUCCAUUCCAUGCAUAAGAUUCCCUAAAAUAAUACAACUUUCUAACUGGCUUCAUAGUUCUACUGCGUUUGUCAAGGAUCCAUUGUGGGUACUGUGGUAA